AUGGCCGAUGCGGAAGCGGUGAAUAUUCGGGAAUUGGAGAAAGAGAUCGAGGGAAAAGUGCUCAAAAUCAGUGUUUCGGAUUUUGUUGAGCGGCUUUUCGUGAUUGUGUCGGAGAUAGAUAAAAUUGCUGCAAUUGCACGUGUCACUCCAGGGAUCCUUGAAGGAGGUGACAGUCUUGCAGAUUUGGACAGCACGCAUUUGUUCAUCUCUGCGGAUGUAGUGAAUGAAUUGAUGGAGAAGGUUGAUGAGUGGAUGGACAGGAUCAGUGCCCAGGUUCUGGAAAGAGACGAUUAG